GAGCCAUUGCAUAGCAGCAGCAAAAAUUAUUUUUUAUUAGACCGGCACGAAAACUGCCACCAUAUUAACGACGGUUCAAGGCCAACAACUACCAAAGAUACCUCUCAAAAUCAUAUAGACACGACACCACACGAUAUGUGCGAUUAUGACCAACCAAAUUUUACUUUAUAUGCUAUUUAUUAUUGUCCGAUUCCAACCUUGGUCAUUCAUUCGCACCCAGAUAUCUAUCUUCCGUUGUCGACGGCCCGUUGCCAUAUUCUUUACUCUUUUUGCAGCCGCGACGCUUAAAUCUAUAAAUACCACCAGAAAAAAAAAAGACAAGAAAAAGAAACCAAGAUGCGCAAGGCUUGCUUAUUGCGACGGACAUGCGUGCCUAAAAAAUCACUGCUGGACAGUUAGAAAUCUAGUCCAGCGAGAAUAUGCUGUCUAUAGCAGAGGGCGGCCGUCUCAACGAUACACUCUUUCUCUCCAGAAUUUUCCUUAUCUUCUUUUCUCUUUACUACCCUACCUAUAUUAUUAUGAAUAGGGAAUACACCAUCUUGAUAUUAAGAUGCAGCUUUAUCUGAGUGUUUCUUCUACCAU